UCUCUUCCUUCCCUUGGCCCCGCGCGCUCGCUCGCUCGCUUCUCGCCUCGCUCUCCCCUUUAAACGCCCACUUCGGAUGGGGAAAGAGGACAACUUGAAGUCAAGUUGCAAUUAACUUCCGCGGCAGCCGCAGCUCCGGCGGCGGCGGCGGCGGCGGCAGGAGAGGCAGAAGCCGCCGCCUCGGAAGUCCGACGCCGGCGCGCCCGCCCGGGGAGCCGUUCCUGGUUUCAGGCCCGCACUCGACAGCCACCGCCGCCCCCAACGUCCAUGCCUGAGUGAUCUUUAGACAGUGACUGAGUAUGGAUCAUUUGAACGAGGCAACUCAGGGGAAAGAACAUUCAGAAAUGUCUAACAAUGUGAGUGAUCCGAAGGGUCCACCAGCCAAGAUUGCCCGCCUGGAGCAGAACGGGAGCCCACUAGGAAGAGGAAGGCUUGGGAGUACAGGUGCAAAAAUGCAGGGAGUGCCUUUAAAACACUCGGGCCAUCUGAUGAAAACCAACCUUAGGAAAGGAACCAUGCUGCCAGUUUUCUGUGUGGUGGAACAUUAUGAAAACGCCAUUGAAUAUGAUUGCAAGGAGGAGCAUGCAGAAUUUGUGCUGGUGAGAAAGGAUAUGCUUUUCAACCAGCUGAUCGAAAUGGCAUUGCUGUCUCUAGGUUAUUCACAUAGCUCUGCUGCCCAGGCCAAAGGGCUAAUCCAGGUUGGAAAGUGGAAUCCAGUUCCACUGUCUUACGUGACAGAUGCCCCUGAUGCUACGGUAGCAGACAUGCUUCAAGAUGUGUAUCAUGUGGUCACAUUGAAAAUUCAGUUACACAGUUGCCCCAAACUAGAAGACUUGCCUCCCGAACAAUGGUCGCACACCACAGUGAGGAAUGCUCUGAAGGACUUACUGAAAGAUAUGAAUCAGAGUUCGUUGGCCAAGGAGUGCCCCCUUUCACAGAGUAUGAUUUCUUCCAUUGUGAACAGUACUUACUAUGCAAAUGUCUCAGCAGCAAAAUGUCAAGAAUUUGGAAGGUGGUACAAACAUUUCAAGAAGACAAAAGAUAUGAUGGUUGAAAUGGAUAGUCUUUCUGAGCUAUCCCAGCAAGGCGCCAAUCAUGUCAAUUUUGGACAGCAACCAGUUCCAGGGAACACAGCCGAGCAGCCUCCAUCCCCUGCGCAGCUCUCCCAUGGCAGCCAGCCCUCUGUCCGGACCCCUCUUCCAAACCUGCACCCUGGGCUUGUAUCAACGCCUAUCAGUCCUCAGUUGGUCAACCAGCAGCUGGUGAUGGCUCAGCUGCUGAACCAGCAGUAUGCAGUGAAUAGACUUUUAGCCCAGCAGUCCUUAAACCAACAAUACUUGAACCACCCUCCCCCUGUCAGUAGAUCUAUGAAUAAGCCUUUGGAGCAACAGGUUUCGACCAACACAGAGGUGUCUUCCGAAAUCUACCAGUGGGUACGCGAUGAACUGAAACGAGCAGGAAUCUCCCAGGCAGUAUUUGCACGUGUGGCUUUUAACAGAACUCAGGGCUUGCUUUCAGAAAUCCUCCGAAAGGAAGAGGACCCCAAGACUGCAUCCCAGUCUUUGCUGGUAAACCUUCGGGCUAUGCAGAAUUUCUUGCAGUUACCGGAAGCUGAAAGAGACCGAAUAUACCAGGACGAAAGGGAAAGGAGCUUGAAUGCUGCCUCAGCCAUGGGUCCCGCCCCCCUGAUAAGCACACCACCCAGCCGCCCUCCCCAGGUGAAAACAGCUACUAUUGCCACUGAGAGGAAUGGGAAACCAGAGAACAAUACCAUGAACAUUAAUGCUUCCAUUUAUGAUGAGAUUCAGCAGGAAAUGAAGCGCGCUAAAGUGUCUCAAGCACUGUUUGCAAAGGUUGCAGCAACCAAAAGCCAGGGAUGGUUAUGCGAGCUGUUACGCUGGAAAGAAGAUCCUUCUCCAGAAAACAGAACCCUGUGGGAGAACCUCUCCAUGAUCCGAAGGUUCCUCAGUCUUCCUCAGCCAGAACGUGAUGCCAUAUAUGAACAGGAGAGCAACGCAGUGCAUCACCAUGGCGACAGGCCGCCCCACAUUAUCCAUGUUCCAGCAGAGCAGAUUCAGCAACAGCAGCAGCAACAGCAACAGCAGCAGCAGCAGCAGCAGGCGCCGCCGCCUCCACAGCCACAGCAGCAGCCACAGGCGGGCCCUCGGCUCCCCCCACGGCAACCCACGGUGGCCUCUCCAGCAGAGUCAGAUGAGGAGAACCGGCAGAAGACGCGGCCACGAACAAAAAUUUCAGUGGAAGCCUUGGGAAUCCUCCAGAGUUUCAUACAAGACGUAGGCCUGUACCCUGACGAAGAGGCCAUCCAGACUCUGUCUGCCCAGCUCGACCUUCCCAAGUACACCAUCAUCAAGUUCUUUCAGAACCAGCGGUACUAUCUCAAGCACCACGGCAAACUGAAGGACAAUUCCGGUUUAGAGGUUGAUGUGGCAGAAUAUAAAGAAGAGGAGCUGCUGAAGGAUUUGGAAGAGAGUGUCCAAGAUAAAACUACUAACACCCUUUUUUCAGUGAAACUAGAAGAAGAGCUGUCAGUGGAAGGAAACACAGACAUUAAUGCUGAUUUGAAAGACUGAGAUACAAGUAUUUGUUUCAUUCAACAGUGCCACUGGUAUUUACUAACAAAACGAAAAGUCCACCUUGUAUUCUCUCAGAAAACCUUUGUUGUUCAUUGUUUGGCCAAUGAAUCUUCAAAAACUUGCACAAACAGAAGAGUUGGAAAAGGAUAAUGCAGACUGCACUAAAUGUUUUACUCUGUUUUACAAACUGCUUGGCAGCCCCAGGUGAAGCAUCAAGGAUUGUUUGGUAUUAAAAUUUGUGUUCACGGGAUGCACCAAAGUGUGGACCCCGUAAGCAUGAAACCAGUGAUUUUUUUUUUCUUUUUUUUUUUUUUUAGUUCUUAUUCUGGAGCCUCAAACAAGCAUUAUACCUUCUGUGAUUAUGAUUUCCUCUCCUAUAAUUAUUUCUGUAGCACUCCACACUGAUCUUUGGAAACUCGUCCCUUAUUUAAAAAAAAAAAAGAAAAAAAAAGAGUUUGUUACUCUAUUGUAUGUUACAAAAGAACUAUAGACUGUGGAAUGCAGUUUAAAGAUGACAUAUGCCAACAAAUGCCUUGUAUUAUAUGGCACUGCCGUAAUUCAAAUUUGUUUUUAUUUUGGAAAUAAAAGUUCACUGUAAUUUUUUUUCAUUCUCAUUAUUACAUGAUUUUUUUAAAAAAAGGAAAAGAAAAUGUGAAACACAAUUUAGUCCUCAUUAUUUAUUUGUAGAUCCUGCAGCAUCAUGUUGUAAUUAAUUUUUUGGAAGUUUCCGUUAAAUGUAAUAUUGCUUCUCUUGUUACCAUACUGAUUCUUUUCUAUUUAUAAAUGUAUUUUGAUGGGCAGUAAAACAAAGUGUCUUAAAAGUUUUAAAUAGAGAAAAUGUGCUUUACACAGUUGCCUAUAAAAAGUGCUCUAUGUUAUCCAAGCAAUUCAUACUAUAAGCUUCACUCUUAUUGUUGUAUGCAAUUUUUACUAUCAUGCAAAUAAGCUUAGGUAAAUAAAACUAAUAGAUCACCUUAGAAAAUUAUGCAAUUAAUGUGAAAAUAAUUGAUGUUUGCAAUGUGUCUUCCUUUGGUUUACAAUCAAUUUUAAAGCUACAUCUGUAUAAAAUUUCUGUAUAAAGGUGUAUUUCUUUUUUAUGAGUUUAUGGCUAUGAAAACACCAGCUAUUUUGUUACAGCUGGCUGUUUUUAUAAGUGUAUCACAAUUUUCUUUAUGCAGAAAUGUUCUGACUAGGAGUGGUUAUUGACUGUAACUACACAAUUAAAAUUGUUUGUAUCGUAUGACAUGGUAGGGUUUGUCUGCUUAUGUGAAGUAACUUUAAAGAAGAGUCAAAGGAUGGCCCUCUCAUUUAGGUGCAUGUUAAUACUUGAUAUUUUACUGAUUUUAAAAAGAGCAAUUGACAAGUUACUUGAAACACUGUAAAUUGAAAUCACAAACACAUGCUCAUUUUUAAAUAGGUAUGAAAUUUCACAAUGAAAAUAACCUGUUUUGGUUAACAUUUUGCUUAAUAGAGAUAGGAUGGUCAAAAGACUGUCCAACAAAAACAUAAAUCCAGUCUCUAGCAGUUAUGUUCUUAGAAUGGAUUCAUCUAUGCUUAUUUCACAAUACUUCAUUUAUAGCAAUGCUUUUCCUUAACCUUAUGUACAAAUAUUUCUAAAGGCCAUUAAUAGUAACAAAAUGGAAAAAAUGGACCUUCUGUAUAAAAACCCCUUAGUGAGCUUUUUUUUCACAAGUUAUAAAUGGAAUAAGUUAAUAACUGAGCUCAUAAGUGUAUGUCAUAACUGUAAGAGCCACAUGAAGAAAAUAGGAAUGACACACCUGGUAUUUAAACACAAUCUUCAAAAUUCUUGCAACAUUAAACAUAGUAAAAUGCCAGAAUAUAAAAUGAGGUGUGCUAAUGGUCACAGGAUUGAGGCCAGCAUUACAGUUUGGGGUGAUUUUUCUUUCAUUUGCUUCCUCGCUUUGUUUCCUAGAUGCUAGUAGGGGUGUCUGGGUUGCUUGAGAUACCAUUCUGCAAUUGCCCCUUCUCUCUCUGCCUACCAUUUUCUCAGGCCCUGAUGAGCUUAUUGGUAGGCAACUGGGCUGCUUUACUGUUGACUGAACUUGUACUUUAGAAACUGAAAUGGAAUCAUUGAAAAUAAAGCUUUAAAGUUCCAUUUACUUUAGAAGCACAACUAAGCUCCUGUGAAGGCAGCUGGUUUGUUGCAAACUUAAAAUUGUACUGAAAAGUUGCCACUUUUUAUUAAGUAAGAAAACACAAACAUUCUUGCUCACUAGAGUUCAGAAAAGUAAUAAUUUGAGCCAAAGGAAUUUCAAUUAAGAAAAUACAAACUAGAUUUCAUGUAUUUAAAAAAUAGAAAAUAAAAUAGAAACUCGGAUGCCAUUAAGUUAUCCUCUUCUUCUUUAUAUCCCCUAAGUUAAAGGGAAAAGGCUGGAUAUAGCAGAGAGUAGAAUUGAUAUCCUUAAUUUUUAACCAGCCCAACCCUUAGCACAAGGUGUCAAAUAGGUAUGAGAUUUAGUAAUUUUUUUGGAAGGAGAAAUUGGGUUGCAAAUAACUUUCCCAUUCCUAAUAACCUGAAUUAUUUUGAAAUAAUGUUUUCAGUGAAAUGAUGAAUGUGUGUUUGAUAAUCAACAUAACAAUGCUAACGAAAUUCCCACUUAGAUUUUUUUAACUUUCAAAAGUCAGCAUGGUUUUGAUAAUUCGAUAUUUUAAAUGCCCCCCCCCCCCCCCCCCCACACACACACACACACAAGCACAUGUUAAACAAUGAUAGAUGGAGUGAGCAGAAGUGUUUUCAGGGAGGAUGGCACAUUUAAGACUUGCCCAGAUGAUCUUCCAUAUUGCUCCCCCAAUGUCAUUUACCACUCAUGCCAGUCCUCUUGUUACCUGUAGCUAUGGCAAAAUUCCUUUAACAAGCUUCAUUGUGUUCAAGUAUUUCAGAGACUUUUAAAAGCUGGGCAUGACGUAGCGUUUUGUGCUGUUAAGACCUUAGCAGAGUCAGGUAGUUUACGGGUAAUAUUCAACCUUGUGCAUCUGAAUCUGUCAUGGAUUCCCUUCACUCAGCACUUUGCCACUAAUUUGUAUUACACUCUGUGGCCAUAUAAUACUUGCACAUUAUGCAAAAAAUAAAAUGUUGAUAGUAUCUCCUUGCCACACAGUAUGCAGAGUUGACACAGAACCUUUGAAAACCAAGGUAACUAAUAUGUAUGUCCUGGUUGUGUGGCGCUUGGUAACAAAGUCUGUACAUAUUAUGUAUAAAGUGUGUAUUGGUUAGCAUUUAGUACUAAGAAAUUCUGAGUUUAAGUGGUUUUUUUUUUUCAAAGUAGCGAUAUCUAUAUCUGUGUUUAUCUAAAAAUACUAGCUUGAAUAGAAAACAUUCUCAAAUGGUUCAAGAUUGAGUAAAAAUGAGAAUCCCAUACAUUCCAUUAUUAAAUUCCGCCCUAUUCCCAAUUGUUAGCAUCUGGCUGAUAUUAAGGUUUUUGAUUGUCACAGUAUUCUCAAUAAAUGAGACAUUCUGAACUGCCUGGUGAUAUUUUCAAAAAGCAAUUAAAAUGUGUAUUCCCUAUAAUACAACUGAUAGAACUGUUGUGUUAAAGCAAGUUGGAAAUUUGCAUGAUAGUGUGGGAAACCAAUGGAGGUCCAAAAUAUUAAUCAUAUCUAAAAUAUCAGAAAAUAAUACUAGUCUUCCUUAUGCAUAUUUUUGUUAAGAGGGCUUAUGAAUUCAAUGUUUCUUCUGAGGCAAUCAUUUUAAUGUAAAUACUAAAUACUUGCAUGUCUUUUGACAAAGGCUAAACUACAAUCUAUUAAUAUGCACAUUUUUGAUAAAAUAUAAAGUACCCUAAUUAAAGAAAUUGUGGUAGAAGGUGUAUGUCCUGAAUACUAUACCUGUUUAACAAUACCAAAUGUUAAAUAAAAAUAGUUUGAAAU